AACUCCGACAAAAACAGAACAAAACACAGUGUGUUUUCCCUUCCCUAACCCUAAGCCCUCGUUUUCCUUUCCUCCUAUUUCCCUCCUUCAGAAUACUGUACUCAACGUUUUUCCCUUCUUGUAGCCAAAAGAGGGAAAAUAAGCAAUUCAAAUAAUCUUAAUUCCAAUCUUUGCUUCUUAAAUGGCGAAGCGAGAGCUCUCCAGUACUUUGAGGGGCUUGAAGUUCAUGCAAAGGGCAGCUCACAGAGAGGAGAAAGUGGUAAAGGAAGAAGAGGUUAAACCUGAAGGAAUUAGUACUAUUACUAGAAAAUGUGUGGUAAUUAUGGAAGGGGAUCCUCGUCCAGGAGCAACUGUUGGGCGCAUGUCAUUUCAAAGUUUCAAUCCUUCUAUUGAUAAAUUGAACGAAUCAGCAUUAAAUGUUUGUAGACCAGAUGCCAGUGGUGGAAGACCCUCUUCUAGCGAGAAUGGAUCUGCAUCUGAAGCAAAUGACUGCUCAAAAGUUGGCACCGAUAAACACGAAGGCAAUGGAGACCUUAAGAGAAAACAGGUCGACAUGGUUUCCAAACCAGUGUAUCCGAAUAAAUCACCAAAAAAUGGUAAAGCUAUUCAAUCGUCACCAAGAAGCAACAAAGCCUCCUCCAAAAAGCAAUCAAAGCAUGAGAAGCUCGACUGGAAUGUUCUCAGGCCACCAAAGCCUAAUCAGUGAUCCGUAUUAUGAAAUUGUCUUCAAUGUAGUGAGUACAUUAAUAUUUGUUUUCAUGUUCCCAAAAGCCUGUAACUUUGUUGUCAUAUUAUUAAAUAUCAGCUUUUUAACUUUCA